UCUCUCUUUCUCUCUUUCUCUCUUUCUCUCUUUCUUUCUUUCUUUCUUUCUUUCUUUCUUUCUUUCUUUCUUUCGACAAGGCCUCCUCAUCUCCUUAUGUAGUUAGCCUAGAGAUUAGCCGAACAUCUUAUGUAUCCCAGACUGGACUGAACCUUGCUCAGCCUCUGGCAUGCUGGGAUUACAGGAAUGCACCAACAUACCCAUUGAGACAACAAUUUUUAUUCCUACUUUCCUUUUAGUGCAUAGUCAGAAGAACAGGGUUAAGAAGGAAAAAUUAAAUUCAGGAUGGCGUCCCUGGGAAAAAAAAAGACUUGAUUUAGCUUAAUUCCUUUAUUUCUGCCUUCUUCUCAUUCUACAUCAUGGUUGACAUCUCGUUUGAUCUGGACAGCAUCAUUUUGAAGGUUCUAACCAUCUCCCAAGCUAUGCUUCAUUUCCUUUCCCACUAAAAGUUACUUAUUGGGGAUGGGAGUAUCAUGGGACAGAUACCCACUGAUGUAUGUGUGUUCUGUAAAGGUAGAAAUACAGUGAAUCUGCAUCAUGAUGCUAUGAUUGACUUCUACAAGAUUCUAUUCAUGAAAAAUGCAUGUGAAGUUACGAGAUCCAAAGCUGGGCAGAGGACUAUUAUGGAGAGUUUCCUUGCCACUCAAAACUCUGAAAAUUGCUUAGGUGGAGAAAAGCAGGGCUAGAAUUGGAACCCAAAGCCCAGAAUGGCAAGAGAGGAUGUGGGGGCUCCACCCGAUCAUCUUUGGGUUCACCAAGAAGGAAUCUACCGCGACGAAUAUCAGCGCACAUGGGUAGCUGUGGUGGAAGAGGAGACAAGUUUCCUAAAGGCUCGAGUCCAGCAAGUUCAGGUUCCUUUGGGUGAUGCAACUAAGCCAAGUCACCUUCUUACAUCUCAACUACCUCUCAUGUGGCAACUCUACCCAGAGGAGCGCUACAUGGAUAACAACUCUCGCUUGUGGCAGAUUCAGCAUCAUUUAAUGGUCAGGGGAGUACAGGAACUACUCCUUAAACUUUUGCCUGAUGAUUAACCUGGUGCUGGAUUUCUAGGAAGAUACGCUCCUCUGUUCUGUUCAUUACAUGGCAAUCACUUCAUUCACAACUGCUGUGCUCCCACCCUUGAGCCUGAGGGGGUAGGGGAAGGAUUAGUUUGAAAAACUGAUCAAGAACAGAAAUGUUUAGGAAGGGUCAUGAAGAACAUUGCCAGUGACACUACAGAGAAAGGGUUACACAGGGCAGAAAUCAAGCCAACAAAAGCAUUUAGUCAGGAUAUGUAACUUGAAAUUGACUCCUUUGGGAAUUGCCAUAGAAUCUUUAAUGGACUUCAUCGGCUGAACCUAGGAUCUGGUGAAUCCCACAAAAAUCAGAACAUGCUACAGAACAGAUGCCCUCAUCACCAAGGACUUGGUACUGAUUUAGAGAGAAGAGAGCAGCUUUUACAGCAUCAACAUGUAUUUGUUGCUUAUUUCCCCUGCAGCAAAUUCACCUGCUUUUCCUUAUUUCAUCCUGUAAAUAUAUGAGGUUUUGUUCUAGUGUUUCCCAUCCCAGUACUGACCUAAUUUGGAUCUACUGAGAACUUAAGGAGUUCUGGGAGAAAAAAGGUUAUUUGUACUGAUGAAAUCAGCUGCAAAGGCUCCUAUGCCUUUCUUCUUUCUGAAACUGUGACUUUGAAUUGUUUUUACACGUUUCUCAUCAAAAUUUUGUAAAUUAUUUUCUAAAUUAUUUCUUUAAUUACAAUAUUUUACAUAUUUGGCAUCCAUAUGAGCUCAAAAGAUAAUGUUAACUUUAAUUAGCACCUUUCUCAAGAGGUAAUAGCAACUAAUAUUGCUAAUUCCUGGGAAAGCAUUUAUACUACUUGUGAAGAAUUUCCUGGAUUAAAACAGCCAUGACAGUUUA